UCCAUCUUUUCACCCUUUCCACAUGAUUAUAAUCAUCUCUCUUCCUUUCUUGAUGCAACUUCUUCUUUUCCAACACCACUUUUGGUUUUCAUUCUUGUAAGUCAACUCUUAUUUCUCUUUUAAGUUGUAUUCAUUUUCUAACUUUUGAUUCAUACAUAUUUAAAGACUUGGCCUUAGAGUUUAAUCUAUAAUAUGCUGUGAAGUUGUGAAUGAUAUGAAAUGGACAAUUCUGGUUAUUUUAGUAACAAGAAUGAUGAUCGCUUAGGAGUAAAUAAAAUCGGAAAGAAUAUAAGAAAAAGCCCACCACAUCAGCCGAAUUUCGCUAACACAACUAGACAACCACCUAUACCACAAGUGUAUAACAUCAACAAGAAUGAUUUUAGAAAUGUUGUUCAACAAUUAACUGGUUCACCUUCGCACCAUUCUCAAGAACCACGACUUCCUAGACCGCUUGCGAACCAGCCUAACCACAACUCCUCUAGUAUGCGACUACAAAAAAUCCGUCCACCCCCAUUAGCCCCUAUAAAUGUUAUUAGACCACAAAUGCCAGUCCGCCCGCCUGAGCAAUAUAUGCCCCCAAAGGGAGGUGUUCCUUUUACUGGCAACAAUAAUAAUAAUAAUAAUAUGCCUAGACCUGCCCAAUAUGGUCAACAACCGCCACCCAUGACUGGUGCAACGACAGCUGAGUCUCCGAUUUCUGCAUAUAUGCGUUACCUUCAGAAUUCCAUCAUCGACCCAAAUCAAGGACACCCACAAGCUCAUUCUCAUUCGCAGUAUCAGUAUCAGCAACGACCUCCCAGUUAUGGGCCUCCUUUCCCAUCACCAAGAAUAGCUGGAUCAAUGCCACAAGCGCCAACGCUUCCUUCUCCAAGAAUAAACAGCCCGUUUGUUCUACCAUCACCUACUUCACCGUUUAUUAUGCCUUCACCUUCUGGCUACAUGAACCUAUUGUCACCUAUAUCAUCCUAUCCGUUACCUUCACCAGGGUAUCAACAAUUUCCACCAUUGACACCAAGUUUUUCUUUUUCACCAAUGGGUCAACCGGGCAUAUGGGGUCCUGGGCCUCAACCCCCGGCUUCUCCUGGAUUGGGCUUUCCAUCUCCAGGGUUUUUCAAUCUAGCAAGUCCAAGAUGGAGGGGUUAAGCAAGAUCAUAGCGGAAAAAUAUAUUAGCAUUGCAGUUUUAAUUGGUGGAAAUCAAAGUCUACAGGAGUC